UUUAUCUAAAAAUAUUUUCCGAUCGGUGACAAUAUUUUGCUUUAUUCACGCCUCUGUCCAUGUUGCAGACUCGCAGCAGGUGCCUUUCUCGCUCGCUCCAUCCAUCUCUCUCUUAGCUAGCGAUGCAUCGUGCUUCAACAUGUUCCAUAAAUCGGAUCUUUGUUGUGUCAGCCAACUCUCCAUAUUAUACAAAACCACUCUUGAACAUCAAUUUCAUACUAAAAAUAUCAGCUCUCUCUUCUUCUUCUUCAGCUCUACAGACCAUCCCAGACUCUCACUCCAUAUCAGUUUCAAACCCACUUUAUCAUUUUCUUCCCCAAACCCAAAACCCCAACAACAUAGUCAAUCUCAUCUGUUCAAGCCUUAAGCAAGGAAACGCCCAUCUUUCCCUUCUUCAAAAUGACAUUAAAGAGCUUUUUCCUCAUCUAGGUGCUCAAGAAAUUUCCAGGGUUCUGCUCAGAUUUCAAUCUGAUUACUCCUCAGCUCUUGUUUUUUUCAAUUGGGUCAAGAAUGGUUUGGGUCUCAGACCCACUACCCAGAAUUAUUGUAUUGUUAUUCAUAUUCUGGCAUGCUCCAAAAAGUUUCCGCAAGCUAUGAAAUUGUUAUGGGAGUUGAUAGAGUUGGUCAGAGAUGUUUCACCAAAAGAUGACAUUUUCCAAAAUUUGGUUGUGUGUACUGAAGAUUGUAACUGGGAUCCAGUUAUCUUUGACAUGCUCAUUAAGGCUUAUGUGAAAGCAGGUAUGAUUGGAGAUGGUUUUAGCACUUUGAAAAAGACAAUAAGGGUUGGUUUUAUUCCCAGCGUGAUUGCUUGUAAUUGUCUUUUGAAUGGGUUAGUGAAGUUGAAUUGUAUUGACCAGUGUUGGGAAGUAUAUGAGGAGAUGGGAAGGAUUGGGAUACACCCAAAUGUGUAUACUUUUAAUAUUUUGAUUAAUGUUUUGUGCAAGGAUGGAGAUGUUCAUAAAGUGAAUGCAUUUUUGGAGAAAAUGGAAGAAGAAGGAUUUGAUCCCGAUAUUGUGACAUAUAAUACUCUAAUUAGUAGCUAUUGUAGGAAAGGAAGGUUGGAAGAUGCAUUUUAUUUGUAUAAGAUCAUGUAUAGGAGAGGUGUGAUGCCGGACAUGGUUUCAUAUACUGCCUUGAUGAAUGGUCUUUGUAAACAAGGGAAGGUAAGGGAGGCUCAUCAGAUUUUUCAUCGGAUGAUUGAUAGAGGGUUGGAUCCAGACACUGUAUCGUAUAACACUCUUAUUAGUGGUUAUUGCCAUGAGGGGAAGAUGCAAGAGUCUCGAUCAUUGUUGCAUGAGAUGAUCAGAAAUGGUAUUUGUCCAGAUGAUUUCACUUGUAGGAUAGUCAUAGAAGGAUAUGGCAAAGAAGGUAAGCUGCUCUCUGCUCUGAAUUUGGUUGUGGAGCUUCAAAGAUUUCAAGUGUCUAUUUCUCAUGAUGUUUAUGAUUAUCUAGUAGUUGCCUUGUGUCAAGAACUUCGACCAUUUGCAGCUAAAAGUCUAUUAGAAAGAAGUUCUAAGGAUGGUCAUCUGCCUGGUUUGGAUAUCUAUAACAAAUUGAUUGAGUCUCUCUGUGAAAACCUUUAUGUGGCAGAGGCACUGCUUUUGAAAGCCGAGAUGAUACGUAAGAACAUUAAACCCGAUCUUUUUACAUACAGAACUCUAAUAUGCUGUCUAUGUCACAUAAGUAGAACAGUGGAAGGUGAAUCUCUAAUGAAAGAGAUGGCUGAAUCUGGUUUGGCUCCUAAUCUAGAGAUAUGCAGGUCAUUGAUAAAGGGGUACUGCAAAGAAAGGGAUGUUGAUAAAGCAGAAACAUUGUUAGGCUUGUUUGCCAAGGAAUUUCAAGUUUUUGAUUCUGAAAGUUACAAUACACUUGUCAGAGUCUUCUGUGAGGAUGGUGAUAUGGCCAAGUUGUUGGAGUUGCAGGAUAGGAUGAUGAAAGUGGGUUUUGCGCCGAAUAGCCUUACAUUUAAGUAUGUGAUCCAUGGAUUAUGGAGAACUGCAAGACCAGAUAAAGACAAGCUUCACGUGGAAUAAACUUAGAAAGAAGAAUGUUGGGCAUUGUCGUCCUAGGUAGAUGAUGUGAGGGAUUUUGUUGUAUCCUAUGACCGAUAUUCUAGGUGCAAUGCAACAUGCUUUCACUCUAGUACAUUGCCAACCAUGAUAUGUGUUUUCCAGGGUGAAUCUGGUGAUUGUGCUUCUUGGUGGAUAACGAGGGAAAGGUAAAGGGAUUGGCUGAAAAGCAUGGCAUAGACGAGGAGCCACUGCCAGGGUAGUGACUUGUUUGGCAGUGGCAGUGGCACUUAUUCUAAUGUUAUGGGGGUAGUAAUAGGAAGUUAAGGUCAAAUGGGGACCAAUUUUCAAUUUGGGGUCUUCAAUUGCUUUGCUGCUAUAGAAGGUGAUUUUGAACCAUGUGAUGCAUGCUCUGCACUUAUAUUAGAAUUCUCCAGGAAGUUCCUCCUGAUUGAGCAUGUCUGUCAUUUAAAGCAAUGAAUUCCUGGCUGAAGCUUACUUGUCUUAGGAGGUGCUGGGGCCCGGGGGACUCUAUCUCGGAGAAACUGAAGCCUGACUGACUGGUAGAUGGCAGACCAGCUGAGACCUUCAACUUUGGAAUGUCUCUCUCAAUUUUCCAUUAUUAGUGUUCUUCAAGGUCUACAAAACUAAACUUGAGAUGCUGCUGCUGCUGCUGCUGGCAUCGUAGUUGAGUUGAUUGCCCACAAUUUACCACAGCCAGCUGGAAAUGGAAGUCAUGGGUUGGAAUUCUAGGACCAAUCGAUUUUAAAAUAUAGCUUUGUUCUUUUCUUUUCUUAUUUGCUUGUUUGGCACUGGCAGUCAGAAAAUAUGAUUUGGUGUUCUUGGCUUGGGUCCAUCUUUGCUGUAUAGCCUUUUCUUUUAAUAUGUUAAAUUAAAAUU